GUACUUCUCAACUAUCUGACAUCAUAUUGUUUUAUUACAAUAAAUACAAGUAAAUUCUACAAUUUUCGAUUUUUAUUAUAAUAGAAACUACAACCAAAAUGUUUGAUAGCAAUCUAUUAGACUACAGCACUAUAGUAACGCAAGGUAUGGUGGUAGCUCCCCAUCACCUAGCAGCUCAAACCGCACUUGCUAUAUUAAGAGAAGGUGGAACUGCUGUAGAAGCGAUAGUUGCAGCUGCUGCAACGAUAGCCGUUGUUUAUCCUCAUAUGAACAGCAUUGGCGGUGAUUCCUUAUUUCUUAUUGUUCCUCCUUCCGGAGAACCUGUAGUAAUAGAAGGCAUUGGCGCAGCUGGAAGCUUGGCUACUGAAAAAUUUUAUGAAGGAUAUAAAGAAAUACCACGGAGAGGUCCAAAGGCAGCAUUAACCGUAGCAGGAACUGUUGGUGGAUGGCAAGAAGCAUUGGAUUACAUUUCUGAAAAUGGAUAUCAACCGAUGUCUACAACAAGAUUACUAGCUGACGCUAUUAAAUAUGCAGAAGAAGGAUUUCCAGUGUCAUCUUCUCAUAUAUUUACAUUAUCGGAAUUCAUCGAAUCAAAUAACGCCAGUGAAGAAUUCAGUAAAGUCUUUCUUCCUAAUGGAGAGGUACCAAAUGUGGGUGAAAUAUUGUAUCAAAAAAAUCUUGCAUCUACUUUGAGAAAUUUGGCUGAUAAUGGCUUAAAUAGUUUCUACCAGGGCAAUUUAGCGGAGGCUAUAUCAGAGGAAAUAGAAUAUUUAGGAAUGCCUAUUACAAGAGAAGAUCUUGCGAAGUAUUCUGCUAUUAGAAAAACACCUCUACAGUUAUCACAUAAAAAUGGACUUUUAUUUAAUACACCUCCACCAACAGUAGGUUUGUCGUCCUUGAGUAUAUUAGGACUCUUAGAUAAACUGAAUAUCGAUGGUCAACAUGAAGGAAAAUUUAUUCAUGCAGCAGUUGAAAGUACAAAACAGGCAUUUGAAUUAAGAGAUGAAUAUAUUACAGAUCCACUUUACAUGAACGUCACGCCAGAAUCGUUACUAACCCCUGAAGCUAUAUCUAAAAUGGCAGAAAACGUGAGUCUUGAUAAAGCAUCAAAUAUAAAUAACGCAAAAGGUCCAGGGGAUACAAUUUGGAUGGGGGCAAUGGAUAAUAAAGGAUUCUCUGUCUCAUUUAUUCAGAGUGUUUACUAUGAUUUUGGUAGCAGCGUCCUUCUACCAAAAACUGGAAUUUUAUGGCAUAACAGAGGCGUUUCGUUUAGUCUAGAAAAGGAUAACCUAUUAUAUUUGAGUCCAGGUAAGAAACCUCUACAUACUUUAAAUCCUGCUGCCGCAAGAUUGAAUGAUGGAAGAGUAGUAGUUUAUGGAACACGCGGAGGUGAUGGUCAACCUCAAACUCAGGCAGCCGUGUUUCAUAGAUACGUUGUUCAAGGUCUGAAUUUACAAAAAUCUGUGUCUACUCCAAGGUGGCUUUAUGGAGAUACUCUUGACAAACAUAUAAAUACAUUGAAGUUAGAGGACAGAUUUGAUGAAGAAACUGUGAACUAUUUAAAAGAAAUGGGUCAUGAUAUUGAAAUAAUGCCUCCUUUUAGUGAAAAAUUUGGUCAUGCUGGAGCUCUUGUCAGACAUCCUGAUGGAAGGUUAGAAGGAGCUUUUGAUCCUCGUGGUAAUGGAAUUGCUGCUGGAUUUUAAACUGAUCGAAAAUAUUAGAUAUUAACAAUAUAAAAUGAGUCUAAAAUAAAAAAAAAUAAAACGAAUAAAGUAAACAUUAUACAUAUGUAAAAUAAUAGAAGAAUUUGUUAUGAAAAUUAUAACUUAGAGGACAUAUUACGCUUAAUUGUAGUCAUUGUUAUAAUAUCAUUGAGAGUAACGAUGUAGAAGAAUACGAGUAUUUAUUAUUAUUUAUGUUUAACAUGAUAAAUAAAUAAUUAUAAUAUUAUUUUAAAUACUACUUAUGUUGCAAUAUAUACUCGAAUAAUAGUUUCAAAGAAACAAAUAAAAUACUUUAAUGUCUAACAAUUUUUUAUUGAUAUUAUAAUGGUAGUUGAAUAUCAUAACAAUAUUAGACAGGUCUCAUUUAGCAAAAAUGGUGAAUAUUCACUGAAGAUAUUUAUUACCACUGUCACUGACAAGACAUAUUGAAAAGAUAUUUUUCCUAUAAUUCCAAAGAAAUCUUUACUGCCUUCAACAGAACAUUGAAAAGAAUUAUUUUCAAUUGAAUUUAUUAUUAAAGCUUUAUUUGUAAACUAGCUGUGCCUGCGACUUAGUUUGCGUCUGUCUAUUUUAAAUUU